GUUCCAGUCUUGUUUGUGAAGCAGCCUCUGUGAAGGACAGGUCAGUAGAGCGGAGGAACGUUCAAUCAUGUCUUACACCGCCGGCUCUUACCCGGACAAAGCCUACCUGGGCAAAGCGUACGGGGGCAGCGUGUACACGGGCUACACGGAUCCGAAUGAUGCAAAGGAUGUUUAUAAGGACCAGCUGAAGAUGGAGAAGAGGAAGAGGAGGGACGCCAUCUGCUGCGAGUUGGUGGCCCUGAUCAUCGGCUUCAUCGGCCUGGUCGGCGUCGCCGCCGUCACGGGCCUCCCCAUGUGGAAAGUGACGGCGUUCAUUGAGGAGAACAUCAUCGUCAUGGAGACUCGUUGGGAAGGAUUGUGGAUGAACUGCUACAGGCAAGCCAACAUCCGCAUGCAGUGCAAAGUCUAUGAUUCUUUGCUGUACCUUCCGGCCGACCUGCAGGCCGCCAGGGGUCUCAUGUGCGCCUCCGUGGCUGUGUCCACCAUUGCCUGCAUCGUGGCGUCCGUAGGGAUGCGCUGCACACGACUCGUGGACUCUCGUCCUAGGACCAAGCACAUCGUCCUGGUGAGCGGAGGCUGCUUGUUUCUGGUCGGCUGCUUGACCACGAUCAUCCCCGUCUCUUGGACUGCUAACGUGAUCAUUCGGGACUUUUACAACCCACUGUUGAUCGACGCCCAGCGCAGGGAGCUCGGGGAGGCCUUGUAUAUCGGAUGGGUCUCUUCUGCUUUGCUCUUCUGCGCUGGGGUGAUUCUUCUCUGUCGACACGCUCCGCGGACCCAGGACAAAGAGGACAUGGGGUCUGUGCUGUAUCGGGCCAGAUCAGCCCAGUAUAACAACUCGUACGGGCCUGGAUACACAUAUCAACCUGCAUAUGCUGGAUACAACUAUCAGCCCACGUAUUCUCCAGUCCCACCAACGAUGUAUAACCCUCCACGAUACUAAGACUGAACCAGAAUAUGGUGGAUUAUACAUUGAGCCCAUAUGGAUGAGAAGUGUGUUUUAUUGCUGGAUGUCUGUGUGACCGUGUCUGUGAACUUUUUUCAGAUUUUGAGAGCAUUCUCUCUCUGCUGUUUAAUCACGAGAGGUUCAGACCUGUCUGCAUUUAAAAAAAUUGUACAAAAAAUAAGAGACGUUUUUUAUUAAUGUGGGAUAUUUCCACAUGGCAUUUAACUGUAUGAUGGAAGAACUGUUGGCUUUGUUACAUAAUUAUAUAUAUUUUUUGUUUGAAUGUUUUCAAUGUGUACAUUUUCUAAAGCACUAGUCUAACUUUAAUCUAAUGUAAAAAAAGAAAAGAAUAAACUUGUAUUAUGGAUACUUUA